AUGCCACGUCCUCGUUCUUCCCAUCGUCCCCUGGUUGCUCUGCUGAAUGGCUGCCUUCUAGGAGCUUCUCUCUCGCGAGCACCUCGAUUACCGGCGAAUGAGAGGACUCGCUAACAGCAUGGAUACUAAUGUUAGAGCAGAUACUCAGAGCUGCUCUUGCCAACCCGCGCGUCUAAGAUAUUUUCACCCACAGCGAUAAAGAGCUACUGUUCUCAUUCUGCUACCUUCAGAGCUUGGACCAUUAUCCUACACCCUGAUGACACCAUUUUCCUUAUGACACUAGCAGCUUCGCACUGAUUCUAUCAGCCAGCUAGUAGGUGCCUCUCGAGCGUCGCUCCGCGGGGUCCGCUGCAAGCUAAGUCUGGUACUCUGAUUCUCCUGCGUGCCGCCAACCUAGCCGUUAUGGGUUGCGUUCGCACCAUGAAGCUCCGGAAACCCCACCGGUCCGAACCGUACGAUGUUCAUUCGACUUUCCAACCAGGCUUUCAUUCAAACUCAGCCUUCCAGCCAGGCUCCGAGCGAUCCCCACCGUCCGUCUCCAGCGAUCCUGUUUUCGUCAACAUUGAGUGGGAAAUCCUCGAUAAAGGAGGCCCCGCGUUAUCCAGUCCAAUGUGGAUUGUAGCGGAUACUGCUGACGCCUACGUGUUUUCCGUAGAGCAGCGGGGGUUUCCUCUGGAGCACGUGCAGGUUUCGCUGGAUCGAAGCGGCGCGAGCCAGGAAUCCAGCGAGUUUCGUCUACAUGCUCAGAGUGAAUGUAUCGGUAGUAGCCGUUCGUACCAGCAGCAGAAUGACUCGGUACACCGUUUGUCUCAAUCCGGCUCGAGUUCAGCCGACAUUGGAUCGGCCCUGCUCACCAUCGUCUGCCGGUUUCAAUCUGCUCCCCAAUCUCCAGACGGAAACGUUUUCCGUCAGCGUCAACUUCAGAGCCAGCGCCUGCAGCCAUUCACGGUGACGGAUUCCGUCCAGACGACCGGCCGGCGGUUCAAGCUGCCAGCUGACGCCAUCGCGGAGAGCACCACGGCGGUUCACACGGAGACGGGAUCUCUGGUGGUGAAUGUCCCGCGCUCUCCGCAGCGACCUCCCCGCGCUUCGUGGUUGUCAGCCGCUCCUUGCCAUCUCUCUGAAGCGCACCCUUUUGUGAGAUUCGGACGGUGGAGUGUGAACGUGGCGUCAACGCCAGCUUCAAGCUUCUUGUCAUCAUCACCGUCACUGUCAGCGCCACCCUCACUGUCAUCCUCCUCCUCCCUCUCCUCAUCACCAUCACCAUCACCAUCGCCGUCCUUCUCUUCCCCUACAUCGAUUUCCUCGUUUUGGGCCCCACCCAGGCACUCUCAGUCUCCUGGUGCCUUGGCUCCUAGUUUGUUCCCAGAUCUACAGGCAUCAGGCAGUGCAGCAACAGAAUGUUGCUGCAGUGUUCAAACAGACUCCUCUUGGUCAUUCCCUCAACAACGGCACCAUCAGUGUAUGGGGCUAUGUACAGGUCAUUGGUCUGUGCAUGGCUUUUCUGGCGAGCCAGCUACUGAUGCCAUGCAAGUCUCCUAGGAAGGUUCAGGCACUGUUAUGCCUCGAAAUGCUUUUCAAGUUAGCCUUCAUACAUACUGAUGUAUAUCUCGGAAUUUAGUGUA